UCCGGCCGCCAAAGUCGGUCUGUGUUCGUUGCUCCCGCUUUCCUCCGGAAGAUCCUGAUGUCUCUUCUCGGUCCUGUAGCCCAGUGACUCGAAGGUACUGCAAGAUCUGUAAGGAGGAUGCCGGGACGACACGGAAGGCAGGAAGCGGAACUGUUGACAUUCAGGGAUGUGGCCAUAGAAUUCUCUCCAGAGGAGUGGGAAUACCUGGACACUGCUCAGCGGAAUUUGUAUGAGGAUGUGAUGUCAGAGAUCUCCAGACACCUGGACUUUGUGGCCUUAGUGUCCUGCCUCAGUGUUGGUCUGUUUGAUAUUUCUCCUCUUCAUGAUUUCAUCUUGAGACAGAAUCGCACUCUUGCUCAGGCUGGUAUUGCAGUCCCAAGCUCAUGUGAUCCUGCAGCCUCUCAGUGUGCUGGGAUUACAGCACUACAUAGUAAACGAAGCAAUAACCAGUCUUUUGAAAGCCCCAGAGAAACCCAAAACUUUGGAUAUGAGAUUGGAUUACGUGUUCAGUCAAAUAUUUCUGAAAACCAGAGACUUAAAAGUGAAGAAGAUAUUUCUAAAUGUGAUCGAUUUGAUGUGUCCUUCAUUAAAGCUUUAUUAUCCUUCCACCAACAAAUACUAUCAUCAGAUGCCAAAAUGUACAAAUGUGAUCAGUAUGGCAAGGUGUUUACCCGGUUACCACUGCUUAAUCAAUAUCAGGAAAUAAAGAAUUGGAAGAAACAUUACGCAUUCAAUAAAACUUUGAUGUUUUUUAUCCAGAGCUUUACCCUAAAUAAUUACCAACAUAUUGAUGUUGAUAUGAGAAAUUAUCAAUGUAAUAAACCUGAAAAAUUCAUAAACCUGGUCUCAUGCUCUAGAAAAUAUCAGAAAGCUCAAUAUCCAGAGAUCCAGUACAAAUGUGAAAAAUGUGAGAAAGUCUUUCACCAAUGUUUAAGGCUUGUUAGCCGUGAGGAUAUCCAUAGUCAAAAAGUUUCCUACAAAUGUAAUAAACAGAUUGAAGCUUUCUCCCAGUCAGGGAAUCAGUCUCAAAAUCAGAGAAUUCAUAUUGGAGAAAAAUCAUACAGACAUAGUAAAUGUAAGAAAGUCUUUAUUCGGUCUUCCAAUCUAAGAAUACGCAAUAUAAACCGUGCUGGAGAAAACCUCUACAAAUGUAAAGAAUGUGGCAAAACCUUUAACCUUAAUUCACUCCUUACUCAACAUCUAAGAAUUCAUACUGGAGAGAGACCCUACAAAUGUAGAGAAUGUGGUAAAGCCUUUACUCAGUUUUCACAUCGUAGACAACAUGAGAGAAUUCACACAGGAGAGAAGCCCUAUAAAUGUAAAGAAUGUGGUAAAGCCUUUACUCAGAUUGCACAUCUUAGACAACAUGAGAGAAUUCAUACUGGAGAGAAACCCUAUAAAUGUGAAGAAUGUGACAAAGCCUUUAUCUAUCGUUCAAAAUUUAUUCAACAUCAAAGAAUUCAUACAGGAGAGAAGCCUUACAAGUGUAAACAAUGUGGUAAAGCCUUUACUCGGAUUGCACAUCUUAGAACACAUAGGUUAAUUCAUACUGGAGAGAAACCCUACGAAUGUAAAGAGUGUAAUAAAGACUUUACUCAGAUUGCACAUCUUAGAGCACAUGAGACAAUUCAUAAUAGGAGGAACCAAUAUAAUUGUGAAGAAUGUGGCAAAGCCUUUAACUAUCGUUCACACUUUAUUCAGCAUCAAAGAAUUCACACAGGGGAGAAACCCUACAAAUGUAAAGAAUGUGGUAAAGCCUUUACACAGCUUGCACAUCUUAGAAAACACGAGACAAUUCAUACUAGAGGGAACCCAUACAAAUGUAAAGAAUGUGGCAAAUUCUUUGCCAAGUCUUCAAAGCUUAGGCGCCAUCAGAAAAUGCAUAAUAAAAAGUCCUACAAAUGUGACAAAUGUGGCCAAUGCUUUACCUAUCCAGCAAGCUUUAAAAAACAUCAGAUAGUUCAUACUGUAUAGAAACCCCUACAAAAGUAAAGAAUAUGGUGAAGCCUUUUUUAGUUUUCAAAUCUUAGACAACAUGAGAGAAUUUUUAUGGAGAGAAAUGCAAAUAUGAAGAAAAUGGCAUAUCCUUUAUCCAGUCUUCAAGGCUUAGACAACAUCAGAAUAUUCAUAAUGGAGAGAAACCCUACAAAUGUGAGGAAUGUGACCAAAUCUUCUACUAUAGUUAACACCUUACUUAAUACCAGAGAAUUUAUACCACAGAAACCCUGUAGAUGUAAUAUAAGUGAAGAGGGUUUUAUCCCAAAUAUACAACUUAGAAAUCACCAGGGAGUUUAUAGAGAAAAAGAAUUUACAGGUGAAAUAAAUGUGCAGAAGUAUUUAAUCAAAACUUAAGUCUCAGUGCAUCAGGGAAUUCACACAAGUAAAAAACAAGUACACUUUCAGAUUUUACACUAACCUGGAGUAUUUCUAUGGAAAUGUAAAGAACAGUGUAAAGGAAAAGCAAUUAGAUAAUUUUUCAAAAGAUACAAAACUUUGAUGUUUGGACAGGUAUAAUUAUAUCCUGUGGGUACUUUGUAUUGAUAGUGUUUAACAUUCUUGAAAAGCAAAUAUUGAUGCAAUUCAGAUUUCAAUUUUGUUGAUGCUAUACCUUUAGCCUUAAUGUUUAUGUGAAAAUAUGUGAUCUGUUAUUUCUGCAGCAGAUCUAUGAGAGGUUAUUCAAUGUUGUGUGAACAUGAUUAUUCAUUUCUCCUUUGCUAUCUUAAUGGCAGAUAUCAAAUACAUUAAGAAACUCUAAAAGAUUUUUUGUGUUUGAAUUACAAAACAGUGAUGCAUGUAAGCAUACGGUAUGUUAUCAGGACAUUUUUCUUUUGUAUUAAAGUAAGAGAGAAACAUUCUAUUAUUAAAUUUUCAAAAUAAAAUUAUUUUACCAAUUUCUCCCUAAACAUUAAAAACUAGACAAUUAGUUAAAUGAUACUUACAUAUCAUACUUACAUACUUACAUAUCAAGUGAAAUAAAAUGAAAAUCUUGAAUAUUAUUUGAUGUGAUGGAAAAUGUUACUUGAUGUAAUGGACAUAAAAAUGUUUUAACAGAUUUGAGAGGAAAAUGAAAACAAGUCCUAUAUGGUUCUGUGUGUAUUCAAAUCAGCAUACACUAGGCCAGGCGUGGUGGCUCAUGCCUGUAAUUCCAGCACUCUGGGAGGCCGAGGCAGGUGGAUUGCUUAGCUCAGGAGUUUGAGACCAACUUGAGCAAGAGUGACAUUUUGUCUCUACUAAGAAUAGAAAAACUAGCCAGACAUUGUGCUGGGCACCUGUAGUCCCAGCUACUCAGGAGGCUGAGGCAAGAGGAUCACUUGAGCCCAAGAGUUUGAGGUUUCUGUGAACUAUAAGGAUGCUAUGGCACUCUAGCAUCAGUGACAGACAAGACUGUCUCAAAAAGAAAAAAAAACCUACCUGUAUACACUAAAUAAUUAUCAACCAAUAAAAUUAAAGCAUAAAUCUAAGGUCACUAUAUUAGACAAAAAGUAGACUUGUGAGUGCUUGUGACCAAGGAGCAUGUAGUAGAUUUUACAAUGCUUUAUUUACCAUAUGGCUUACAUUUUUUAGUGUUUUCACACUGAUGUGCCAUAAAUGAAAUGUUAUUCUGUCGCCCUUGUUAAACUAUCUCAUUUUGUCCAAGAUUGCAGUUAACAGAUUAAAAUAAUACAUGAUUUAGAUAGCACAGUGGAAUAACUUUUUUAGUAAUCUCUUUUUCCUGAGGACUUAAAUUUUCAAUAAUUUGGAGAAUUUUGUUAUACUUAACUAUUUUGUACCUUUUUCUUUUUUUUGUAUCUAAGGGAAUGUUGAUACGGUUAUAAUAAAGAUUAUAUGGGAG